AUGGCUGCCGCCGCCAAUCGCUUGGGCUUCACAGCUCUUCGAUAUACAUCACAGAUACCAGUGCGAAGAAAACCCCUUCUAUUAACGUGUCCCAACCGAGCCUUCCACACCACACCCCUCCACCGCCGUCGAGACGACUCAGAAGACUACGCACCCCGCCACAAAUCCGAGCGCCAGCCCUUCAAAUUCUCCCUCUCGGACCUUGACUCCGAAGAACGCUCCACCUACAACUCCCUCUCACCGGAAGGUCGCCAGGAAUGGCGCGAAGAAGCGCAGCAAAUGCACAACCACAUGACCAGCCCGGAAGUCGAAUCCGUAUUACAGGGCGAGGUGUCUCAAGCAGCGUACGAGACGUCAGAAGAGGUACCGCAUGACGAUUCGACCGUGCCGCGGAUAAAACCCGGGUUGUUCGCCAUGGGCGAAGUGGAGGUGCAGGAUUCGGGCGAAGAUGAGGAGUUUGAGGGCGACGACAUCACGUCGCUGGGCCACGGCGAGCUGGAGCAGCAUAGGGAGAUGAGACACUACGCGAGGAUAGCUGCGUGGGAGAUGCCUUUGCUUAGCAAGCUGGCCAAACCAUUUGCUCCGCCUCCUCUCGACCACCCCCUCCGCUUCCGCUACACGACCUACAUGGGCGAAUCGCACCCGGGCUCCAAAAAGAUCGUUCUCGAGUUCUGCACGCAGGACCUGCGCGCCCUCAGCGAACCGCAAAGGAUCAAACUCAUCAAAUUGGUCGGAUCGCGCUACAAUCCCGAAACCGACAUUGUGAAGAUGAGCUCCGAGAUGUUUGAGACGCCGGCACAGAACAAACGGUACUUGGGCGACUUGGUCGAUACGUUGAUAGAGGAGGCGCAGGAUGGGACGGACACGUUUGAGGAUGUGCCGCUCGAUUUCCGACAUCAUAAGUUUAAGCCCAAGGUGGAGUUUCCGGAGGGGUGGAAGUUGACGAGGGAGAAGAAGGCGAGGCUGGAGGAGGAUAGGAAGUUGAGGUUGGAACAAGAGAAGGAGAGGGAGGUGCAAGGGAAGUUGGUGGAAGGGGUGAGGGUGGUGGAGGAGGCGAUGAAGAGGUUACCGGUUAGAGAUGUAAGUAAGGCGUUGUUGGACGCGCAGCAAGGAAGGAAGUAUGGGAAAGGAGGAAGGCAGAGGAUGAGGACGUAG